AUGAGCUCUUUCUUGACCAGAAGAAGCCCAUGCUUUGUAAACUCUCUCAGGGCGUUGAGGAGAUAUCAGAGUGUAAAAGUCGAUGGAAAGUUGAAUCUGAAAACUACGCCUACGGAACUGGCUACUUCAUCAACGCUGCCCAACAUUGAAAAGGAGCAUCUUCCAAAGCGUGAUAUUGACCCUAAGAGGAAACUGGAAGUGAACAAGAAGGAAACUACGGGCUACGUUAUUCCUAAAUGGCAAGAGGCCUUAGGUGAAGCUUUUAUUGGAGUGUUUAAGGUGGAUAUGGACAAGAUUAGAUCCGGAAGUAUUGGAGGUAGUAAGUACUACUAUAUGUGCAAAGACCAAGGUUUACAGUUUAAAAAUGAGCCUUUGAGUGACACUGCCAAGUUCUAUUAUGAAACUCUUGGUUUAAAUCGAUCGUUCAGCCAAUGGUUUCAAAUUACAGCUCUCCAUGUCUGGUUGUUGUUUGUGAGAAUGCGAGCAAUGCCUUUCAAAUAUGGUAAACUUUACCAACAGAAAUUGGUAGAUCGUUUGUUCAAAGACAUCGAGCUUAGGCUCUCUGAAGAGAUGAACGUCAUGUCAGGAAGCAUCAGAGAUAACUACUUGAAGGACUUUGAUUCUCAGUUGAGAGGUAUCGUCAUGUCCUAUGACGAAGCUUUGAUAAGCGACGACGCUACACUGGCAGCAGCCCUGUGGAGGAAUUUUUUCAAUGGUGACAAGAACGUAGAUCUAGUGCACGUGGAAGCCAUGGUUCGUUAUAUCAGAAUGCAACUGUACGUGCUAGAUAAGACCUCAGACCGUGAGUUUGGAUUCGGGGAUUUCCAGUUCGUCAAGCCUAACGAGGUGGUAGAGCCAUUAACUAAGGAGAACGAAGAUCUUUUGAGGAAAAAGGUGAGAGAAAAGUAUGAGCCUUUAGAGGGAAAACAGUUGCCCAGUAAUCGGUCAGUUUUAUCCUUGGAGGAAUAA